GUUAUAUAUAUCCAAUGAACUAGGAAGCAAAGGCAACCAGCCUUUCUCCAUCUACAAUCUUGGAAUCCAAUCACAUAACUCCUGAAGUUCACAUUGAAAAUCCAAGAAAUCCCAAAAGGAGAAAAAAGAACACACCAUGAAAUCCCCCCAAUCUUCUCCGAAAUCGAAAACCGCUCUUCUCGAUAAUGAAAAGGAGGAAGUACAAGAACCUCCAAUGUUUAGCACCACCAAGAACAAAUGCCAAAAACUAGCAUUCAUCCCACUAGUUUUCCUCAUUUACUUUCAAAUCUCCGGCGGCCCCUAUAACACUGAGUCCACUGUAGGUUCCGGGGGGCCUUUCAAUGCCAUCCUUGGCUUUCUCCUCUUCCCCAUCAUCUGGAGCAUCCCUGAGGCCCUUGUCACUGCUGAGCUAGCCAGCACCUUUCGUGGCAAUGGCGGCUUUGUUAUAUGGACUCACCAAGCCUUUGGUCCAUUUUGGGGCUUCCUCAUUGGUUUCUGGAAGUUCUUUAGUGCUGUCAUUAACUUAUCUUCCUACCCAGGUCUCUGCAUAGAUUACAUUGAUCCAAUGCUACCAACUUUGUUGUCACACUUGCCUCACUAUUUACUCAUCUCUCUUUCAACCCUCUUACUCUCAGUUUUUAACUUCAUUGGUCUGCCUACAGUUGGCUAUGCCGCAAUAUCUUUAGGGAUUUUAUCAUACUUGCCAUUUAUAGUAAUUUCUGUUUGUGCAAUUCCCCAAAUUGACCCUAGCAAAUGGGUUUCUUCUGGCCAGAUUAGCAGAAAAAGAAAUUGGCCAUCGUUUUUUAAUUCGUUAUUUUGGAACUUAAAUUGUUGGGACAAUGUUAGUACUUUAGUUGGGGAAGGUGUUAAAAACCCCCCCAAAACAUUACCAAAAGCAUUUCUCGCAGCUGGGUUGUUGACUUAUUUGACUUCCCUAAUACCUCUACUAGCUGCAAUUGGUGCCAUGUCUCUUGACCUAGAUGAUUGGAAUGAUGGGUUUUACACAGUUGUGGCAUAUAAAAUUGUGGGGAAAAGGUUCGCAAAAUGGGUUAGGGUUGGAGCCUUUUUGUCUGGCAUUGGUGUCUAUCAGUCCCAAUUGAGCAGUUGUUCACACCAGCUUUUAGGCAUGGCUGAAUUAGGGUUGUUGCCUGGACUUUUUGGGGCGCGGUCAAAAUUGUCCGGCACUCCUUGGGUGGGAAUUUUGAUAUCAGCAGUGAUAUCAAUCUUGGUUUCAUACAUGAAUUUUAAGCAUGUCACAUCUUUAGUGAAUGUCUUGUUCAGUUUGAGCAUGCUAGUCGAAUUUUCGGCUUUUAUAUGGUUGAGGGUGAAGCUUCCGGAUUUACAGAGGCCCUUCAAACUUCCAGUUACAAGGCUGAGAGGGCUGAUAGCAGUGCUCUUUAUUCCGUUUGGAAUUUUGGUGUAUAUAACUUGUGUUGGCACAAAAGUUGUGUACUUGGUGAUUGCUUUGCUGACCGUGUUUGGGAUCAUUUCGUACUUCUCCAUGAAGAUUUUCCAGGCUAAGAUGUGGCUUGGCUUCAACCAUGUUGUGGCAAAACUAGCAGAUUAUGAAGAUUUGGGCUACUAUGGCCAAUUUAUGAAGAAGUGAUGCAAAUAUUCAAUAUAUCAAGAACGGAGCUGACUGGUUGUACAUUUUACGCAUCCCUGUCAACUUGAUAAUUUAUUAAAAUAAUAAUGUAAAUUUGUGUUAUGAUUAAGCUAUCAAUAUAUAAGGUGUUUAUUAAUUUUGUU